AUGUAUGCAAAGACAGCAGAACCAGAGGCAUUGCGGUUCAAGGGCAAAACCCAGCUUGGUAUUCACCAAAGUGUAGUUUGGAACCCUCAAUUGGCACUCUAUUUGGUGGUUACAGGUAAGACUAUUACCGUGAAUCGGCAAACGGACAAUCAACGCGUAGCUACCAUAGUGUUGAAAGACGCUGAACAGGCCAUUGCGUACCAAUGGGACCGGGAUACAGGCAAGCGGUUUGCCGUUUUCUAUCGAAACGGUAUCGCCAGAAUCUACGACUGUACUACGGCCGGCGGUCAAUUGCAAAAAGUGGUAAAUAUCGUGGAAACCCCGGCGUUGCAUCCGGGUACACAAACCCAAAACGCAGCUUUGAGCUCCGCUGUAUGGGCUACAGUGGCCUGGGAUAGGUUUCCUGACACUUAUGCGGUGUUAAAUGUCGAUGUGGCCGCUUUGAUGCCGGAUAUGGUCCGUAUUGUGCGAGAUUCCAAGCAGAUGAGCAUGGCGCCAAUGGGGCCGUGGGGCCCCGAUCUGAGCCAUCCAGAAGCCUCUGUGAUCCUGUCACACAGCCAAGAAGACCGCUGCUACUUGCUCACGCUCGAUGACUUGGUCACAGUGCGUUUCAGCAGCAAAAUCGACCGGAUGUGCAAAAUUUUGCCGCCCAAGUACAAACACGGGCCGUUCGUGGGCGUUGCGCGCGACGGUACGCUCGAACACAUACGUCUGCAAUUCACGGAAGUUCCGCUUAUGCGUGAGCUUGUCAAAUGUUCCGGAUACGUGCGGUUUUUGUGUGAAUAUAUCAUUGAUCACAUCUUGGUGUGCAAAUCAGACCUCAUAGAUCCAUUUGCACAGUUACUAGCGCGUCUAAAGGCUGCAUAUGGUGGCAGCGAUCUAUACACUCAGCUGUGUGAGGUCUUAGUGUCCGGAUGUGUCGAUCCAGCCCUAGAAGAUUGGUUGUGCAACAGCGUAGGCGACAAGAACUUCAAGCGCUGGAAACAACUCUCGUCACGCAUGUGCGGGGACCUCAACAACGUUCUGACGCUGGCAAUAGUGCCAGCGUGCGAGCGUUUGAUCUUGGCUUGUGAAAGGUUGCAGGGCAUCCACAAGAGCCUAAAACUACAGAAACUCAAGGAAAGCGGCGAAUUCGACCCUACGAAAUUGUCCAGCCCGGAAAUUGACGUAUUCCUGCACGAAUGCCAGGAGAUGCUGGCAGAUACGCUGCGACUGGUGGAAUAUGUGAAUGCCGAUGCUGUACUACACGCGAUUUUUGAAGAGUGGUUUUUCGACAUAGUGAUGGAGUGCGUGGACGAAGAUUACAAGAGAAAGCCCGACGCCGAGAAGAAGUACAACAGCAACAACAGACCGGUGCAAUUAGAGCAGUACUUGAAACUGUGCUGGACGUCGUCGUCGUCAUCGUCUUAUGGGAUUGCUGAUCAUGGCCUAAACGCUUUGGAAAACCGGGCACGUGACCGAUUGGUCACGUGCGCCAGUAAACUUGAUCGUCUUUAUACGGUGCCCUGGGUACUGGAGCUGGUCCAAGUGACCCGCAGUGGAGCUACGGAACCACACAUACAGGUGUGGGAUGCCAUUGUGGAUGAAAUGAACGCAGACUGCGUCUUCGUGGCAAGUCAAAUCAUCGGGCAUGCGGCAGAUCACGCGAACACGAGCAGCAGCAGCACUAUUGUCUCUGUUGCCAGACGAUGUGCUCCCAAUAACAACAACAAUACAGCCACAUCCGUCGAAAUGGUCUGGGAACUGGUUCCUGAUUCGUCCGAACCUCCAUCACCACCGUCGUCGUUGUCUUCUUCUCCGGCCCCCGCUGUCGAUGCCACCUUCAUCACUUCCCACGACGAUGGCAGUCCCGCCCUGGUCGUUCUCCACGACCGUGACACUCUCACCACGCUAGCAAUACAUCGGUCAUCACUGGUCCCAACUCAUUUUACGCUGACCGGUUCCUCGCAGCGUUUGAGGCAAGGAACGACGCCAUUGUUCACAACCGUAGCUGCCACCAGCCUCCACUCCUGCGCUUCGAGUGCCCUGCUCUCGGUUCACAGCACAUCUGCAAUGGCAGUCUACGAAAUGUCAUGUGACCAGCACAGAUGUGGUGGUGGUCGAGCUUAA